AUGUUCGGCACCUCUCUGUUUCCAAAACCAGUGUUGAAGCUUCCAACGAUCGUCAAGUGCUCAUUCCGAAGGUUCAAGAUUUUCGAUAGAUUAACACAACUGCUUCAAACUUUGUUGAACGUUUAUUUGAAUAACAACAGCCCCAAAAAACACGGACUACAUCUCUGCUUACCGGGAAAAGAAACCGGCGGAACGUUGACAGUUCGUCAUCUGGCAGAGGAAAUUGAAAAGUUAACUUCUAUUGAAAUUAAUAACCAAAGAAUUGCUUUUAAAGGCCGCGAAUUGAAAGACCUCAACUGCACUCUUUCAUUGCUCGGAGUGAGGAACUGCAGCCAGAUACACGUUCUCAAGAUUAAAUACGAUCCUGACCAGAUGAAACCCAUGUACAACUUGAACAAAAUGGAAGCCGAUGCCAAAGCCGUUGACGUUUGCACCAACAAACUCAUCCACACAUUUGACACCAUGCAACGGGGGGCAAUUCCGAACCAAAUGACGUUGCAAUCGAUAAUGGAGCUGAAAUGUGAUAUGAAGUGCUGCAGAGAUGCCUACCAACAAAUCAAAUUUCAAGUACUACAACUUCAUGAUGACGAAAAAUGCUUCCGGCAAAAGAAGUCACAAAUUCUGGAACGAAUAGAGGCACAUGAAAGAGUGCAAUCUGAGAAACCUGGAUCUUGGAGUGAGGGAUAUCUUAGUGAAGCCCACAUUUGCUUGUUGCAAAUUGUCUCAAUGCUGUGCGAUUAUGAAAGAACAUAG